GCAAGCUCCGGGAAUGACAGCACCGCUGGAGGGGGAAGGGAGGCAGAGAUUGGAGGGAGAGAGACUGAGAGCUCAUUAGAGGCCGGCUUUACCUGGACCCCCUCCCUGGCACGGCUACCACCUGCCGAUAGGCCUUUUUUUUUUUGCACUUGCUGUUGUAAGAGGAGAACGGUUGGUAAAGAACAAUUUACGUGCGAGGACUGGGAAGCUGCAAGUGGCCCGUAUCCUGGAAGGGAUUUUUCGGCUGUGCACCAUGUAAAAAUAAAGACUUAUUUUUUUCUCCACGUCCUCCGUGGUUGACUUAAGGUGUUGCUGCCAUGGCACAUAAACAUUUGCUUUUGAGGAGGAUGGGAAAGGACCGGGAACACUGAAGCAUGAUGAUCGUGUCCAUUGUAACCGGGCUCUGCUGCAGCUGAACAAGAGUGGCAGAAUUCUGUGUGGGGGGGGGGGGCAAGCAGUCCUGAAGGUUCCAGAACGAUGAUCCCACGUGAUAAGGAAGCACGCAGUCCAGCUAUGUGUCCCAGUUUGGCCUCAUACUUCCACUCGUAAUGAAAAUCUGUAGCACAGACAACAAUUUUUGGAGGAAAGGCUGAAAGAAGGGUCACGUUCCCGGUUACUUUUAUCAUUGAUGUCCUCUUCCAAUGUAACCGAAGAUAUAUUCACAUAAGGAAGCGGAUGUCUUUGUGCAUCACCGUGGCUCUCAUGAUCGAAGCCAUUGGGUCACGGCUACAACUCCGAAGGGUUGAAGGAAAGUGCAGUAAGUUGGUGACCCUUGCUCUGACUCCCUGCUAGGCUCUGUGGCAUCUUGUCUUGCAGUACCCAAAAGGGCUGUGCUGAAACGGCACUCCGCUGCCUGAUCCUUUGAAAUUGCAUCAUAACUCUCAUAGUGCUCUGACAGGCCAAAACAGACUGUAAGCGGAGGUACUGCAGAAGCCGGACAAGUUUUACAAACCUUCCGCUCUCACCAUGUGUGGCCUCACGUGUUUAGUGGGCUCUCUCGGGAGAGUCGGACUGUAGGAAACCGUCACCGUUAAGCACUUAGGUCAUGGAAGGAAACCACUGUGUCACAGCAUAUGCAGAGAGAGUGAAUGGACUGAUCCCAGAAGGCGGUGGCAAAGAAUGUGUGAAUGGCAACGCAGCUCUCAAGUCUCUGCCGAUUUGGAGUCUGAAGCAGAAUGGGCUCCUGCAGUCUCUGGCAGCAGGGGGUGAGAAACAGAAAACUGAAGAAGAGAGCGCUGAAGUCCGGCAGGCACGUGAGGAGUGGGAAGCAUUGGAGAGCAUCCAGCCUGUUCUUCCCGAGGAUCUCACUCCAACACCACUAAUCUCUUUCAAUGAGGCCCUGCAGCACUUCCAGACCACAGACCUGUCGGAGGUCCUGAAGAAUAUCCAGCCCACUCUGCACAGGACUGGCUGGGCCGCCAUCACGCACUUUUUGUUCGGGCCACCCCGGCUGCACCGGGAGCUGACUGAGGAGAGGAACUUGGUGUUUGCAAUUGCUCAAUGCCCGUUGGACAACAGCCAGAAGGUUCAUAUACGCGUCUUGCAGACCAUCUACAAGAGGCUCACGGGCAGCCGGGUUGACUGUCCUCGCUAUGGGCCGCACUGGGAAACAGUGGGUUUCCAGGGCACAGACCCUGCUACGGACCUGAGAGGAACUGGCUUCCUGGGACUGAUGCACACCUUGUACCUUGUGAUGGACCCAGAGACACUGCCUCUGGCCAGGGACAUCUACAAGCUUUCCCAGCAUCCCACUCAGAACUUUCCUUUUAUUGUGAUGUCCAUCAACAUAACACGCAUUGCACUCCACGCCCUUCGGGAAGAGGUUCUGACCAAGGAGUGUAACCGACGGCAACAGGUGGUUGGUGUGCUAAAUGAGUUCUACGUAGCCGCUUUUCUGCAGCUCUUCCUCGUGUGGAAGACUCAGCAGAAGACCAUCUCAGACUCAGGCUUUGUGCUCAAAGAAGUGGAGACCUUUGCCAAAAAGAACCCCAAGCAGAUCCUGAAACGUCUGGAGGGCUUCCUUAAAGAGAGACGUACUGUGAGUGGGGCAGCUGUGUCACCUGAGAGCCCGUCUCAUCACACCUCUCCUGAAGAAGGAAGGCUUUCUCUCGGGCAUUCAGGAACAAGGGGCAAGGAGAUGAACUUCACUGGAGUGUGUGAGCUGCCGCCAGAGAUGGAGGGUGAGGCUAGGCUGAUCUGACAAAGACGAGGACACUUUGCCCGUGACAACCUGAGCGUCCCAAGUGGAGAGUGCCCCCAAGCAGAAGACCAGGAACAGUUAGCUAAACUGUAAGUUUACUCUCCAUCUGUGUCAUGGAGCUGAUCUUGAAUCUGGAGUUUUUGGGGCACUGUCCACUUCUACUUUUGCUCUAAGCCUCCGUCUCAAAGCUGAUAAUCUCAACUGGUCCAGAUUUUGAAUUCAGUUCCCUCAGAACAUCGCUUGUUACUGGAUGUCACACUCCUCAGUACAUUACUGUCCAGUCAUAUCUGUCUCAUCUAUAGUUCCGUCUAAUCGCAACCAGUCAGUGUACUGCUGUCCAGUGAAACCCCUCAAACCACACUGCUGUUCAAUCAGAUCCCUUCUACUACGCUGCCAUAGUCAUGUCCUUCUUUCUAACCACAAACGCACCUUCAACGUGCAUAAAUUGAAGGCAUAUUUAAGCAGUUUUUUUUUUUUUUUUUUUUUUUUUUUUUUUUUAAAACUAGUCACUAGUUAUAUAACAAGAUUGCCCGAAAUAUGGAGCCAUCGUUUUCUUGUCAUGAUGAUAGGCCAGAAAUCAAAUUUACAUGAUACAUUGCCUUUUUUCCUCACAUUUUUCAAAAAGAAAAGUUGACACUGUAAUGUACUUCCACUGUGGAAAAAGGAGAAUAGUCUGCAACACUGUUUCAGUGCCUGAAAUCAGAGUUUAAAUCUCUUUCAUGGUUGGCUGAGAGAUCAUUAAUGUCAUACAUAAGUGGUCACCUCAGGCAAAAAUUUCAAAUACUAAGGAAUGUUUUACAGUGGCUUACAGUCAUGAGAAAAGCAUUAAUAUGAAGAUGAACUCUCAAUGUUCCUGUUGCUCCUUAGACAUGAACUGGAAAUUCGUGCUGGUUGCAGUCUAAGGAUUCAGUGUGGAGGUGGCGGGUCAUUUGGUGUUGAGUGUAAUCUCAGAAUGGGUGGCUUGUCUUCGCUUAUGUUUUGCCACAGUGAUUUGACCUCUGUAUGUUGUGCAAGGAAAUAAGACCUGGUGCUUUCGCGGGGUCUUGGAGAAGCGGUAGGAGGGUAUCGGGAGGGUGUGUGGCGCCUGAAACCUGCUGUCUGCAAGUUAACAACUGGGUGUGACCAAAGCACAUUCAUCUGAGAAGGUUAGAGACGGCUUCUGAGCACAAACAGCCUGUCCCUAAGGCAAAUAAGUCCUCCUUUGGGACUGCUGUCAUGUACGUAGGCUGGACUUGUCUCUUGUUAGUGCUGCUGUCUUCCUUAGCUUACUUAAGUCCAGCAGGUUUAUUGCUGCCGUUCAUGGUGUGAAGCAAGGUAAACAUUAAAAGUGUGGCACAGCAAGCAGAGCCAGAGUGGAAAUUUGUGGUCAAAGUUCUAAGUCAAACCAAGAAGCCCAGGCAUUUUAUUCCUUUUGUUCAGGAAGUGUCCCGUUUCCUGUUUAGACAAAGUCCCUGGACCAGUCUCAGGCUGAUCGGAUGACUCAGUCCUGCGGCUUUCUGGGAAAUAGAGUACUUUUGAGGGUAGAAACCAUUUUCUGUAACUUUCUUCCCUCUUUUACUGUUGAUUUAUUUUGAUUUUUUAGCCUUUUUAGCCUAAAUUUCUUUUGUCUCACAGUUGUAGUCAAAGCUCCCAAGUUUGGGGGAUAAAUUUUUGAAAACUUGAAAUUCUUUUUGUCUUUUGAGAAAGGCCAUUUUGCACACUAAAUAAGUAAGUGGUAUGUCGAAGGUUACCAUUCUAGAAACAAAUCUGAACUUUUGUUACCUAGAAUUUCCCAAGUGAAAUAUGCUAUGACAUUCACUGUUUGUUUUGGUUCAACUGAGCAGGUCAAAGUAGUUUGUUAAAAUGUACAUUUGACUCUUAAGUCAGAGUAACGUUACUCUUUUUUACAUAAUUCUGUGAAUUACACUAUUUAUUCUCAUACUGCGAAGGUGGCUCACUAUAAUCUGAGUUGAUAUGUAAGGUGGACUUUUUGAAAACAUUCCAAUCAUGGGGAUGUCUCCCAUUCUGUGACCAAUGAAGGAUUAUGAGUAAAUACCAAGAAAGUGGCAUUUAUGUUGACUGAAAUAGAAACAUUUUGAAAAUUACGGAGGAGGGGGACAUGUGGUGCCUUCCAAGGCUUUGCGAAGAGUCAAGGAGCAAUGGGUUAGAUAUGAACUUUAGGUAUCAGAAAACAAAAAAAAAAACAAAACAAAAAACUAAUAAUGAGCUUCAAAUGAGAUAGCUUGUGUUAUGAAACAAAAAUGCAUACAGCAGUCUGUUCUUUAUAUUACUGCAAGUGAAGUUAUAUAGUUAAGGUACUUCAUUGCUAGAGUCCAGUACACUUUUACGGUCUUCUCUCGUAAGCAGCAGUCACUUCUCAGUAGCAUGUCAGGUAGCGCUAGAACUGUAGCACCUAAUAUUGUUGUUUUGUUUCUCGUGAAGUUUGUUAUACGAUCGAAACGGUCACGUUUACUCGGUUACAAAGUCUUAUUGUAAACGUACAGCUUGCAGUGCAGUUCAUCUGGUAAUUUCCCUUUCCUCAUGUAACACAUUUAGCACCACAAUCGGCAACAGCUAUAGCCAAUACAAUUGCAUUAACAGGUCACUUCUUAGGCUGUCCGCUGUCCGGUGAUUUGUGAUUCAUAGUAAUAAUUAUAAAUUAGCGCUGACAUGAUGGAGAAAUGCUAACAUGCAGGAUUACUCUUGUGAUGGGCACAAAUGAGAGUUUUAGCCCAGGAAGUGAGCUUGCACGUUGCACGAAGGAUGCAGGAGCACAGGUCUCUGAAGCCGGAGCACGCUACCCUGGUGGUAGAACCUGAUCCGUUUGUUUGUCGCACAACCCCAUUAGUGUGAUUAAAAUGAGCUGUAAAUAUUGAUCACCACCUAGCCCGUGGGCUCUGUUUGUAUCGAGGUGUCUGCUAACUGCUCCCCGCUCCUUUGGCAGAUUCUGAAAGGACACGGUUCCGUUGUUGUAUGCCUCGAGGUGACAUGUUUUAACGUGACAAGCAGGGCGACACGUACCAGCGGUGAGGAACGUGGGCAGCGCCGGACUGUUGGUCGAGGAACGAGCUGCCUUGAAGAGAGGAUCGUUUGCAAACUAGGAGCCCUGAUCAAAAUAGGAACUUCGGCUCCAUACGCUGUAUAUUGAAAGAACCCUUCGGGUUGUGGGGUCAGUGCCGGGGUUCGGAUUAGUUAGAAACGUGGAAGCUUGUAAAUAGAGAAUAAAUACUGAUUGUAAAAGUAUGAAUGUUUCCCGGGCAUUAUAUUGAAGUACAUUGCUUACCUCAGAAUUAAGCCAAAUCUCUCUCUUCCUCUACAUUAGUUGAGAAAGGCAGUGAAUAAGUAGGUUCUGCAUACUACUGCAUUAUAGCACGACUUAACGUAUCUCUGUUAGUCUGUUAUGUAUCUUGGAUAUGUCAUGUGUAUUCCACACAAGCUAUAUUUUUUGAGGAAAACAACAUAUAAGAGACACAUCUUUGCUAUGUAUAUCUGUUUCAUUUAAGCCAUGCUGGAAAUACAGAAAAUAAGCUCAUGUUGGUGAGUCUGAGUCUGAGGAUUCUUGCCUUGUUUGCUUGCUUGGAUGAUUGAUCUGACUUUUUUACUGAGAUGAGGAAUUCUCAGACAAUCUGAGUCAGGGCUGAACUUGUAAGGCACAAUAAAUGGGUUGUGUAAUGUUUGUUUCAACUAAAAAGAUGGAAAUGUAGCAUUCGCAAUGUCUAAUAAAAACAGACCUUCGGCUUCAACUCGAUCGCUGCAAAUUUUUGUAUCAGACAAAAAUGAAAGGCAUUUUUCUAGUUCAUUUGUUAUUCUGUAUGUACCAAAUAUCUGGGACUUUGGUGUAGCCGUCUCAAUUUCUGCCUGCUAAAUUAAAACAAUAAGUUGUUUUCCUAAAUCUCUGGAAUUUCUUUAAGGUUGUUCUGCUGUUUAUGUCCCUAAGAAGUAUUUUGUGUAUGGAUGGUAGAGCCCUAUUUUGUAAUGAAAGUUAUUUCAGAAUAUAUGCAGUUGUACAGUAAUGCAUUAUAUGGAGAAACAUAAAUAAAUUCUGUUUAAAAAUCAGUCUUGUGUAUAAAUUGGUAUUUGUGAUUUACUGUUAUUUCUCUGUCUC